CUGGAUCUGAGGGAGGAAGAGCUGGAUUGGACACCUGGGUCUGAGGAGGAGGGGCUGAAAUCCCAGGUCUGAGGGAGGAGGCUCUGGCGUCUGACAGCAGUGCUGAAAUCAGAGUCCAGAUGUCCCAAGGGCUCACCGGGAUGCCGGGCACGCGGCUGGAAGAGGAGCAGGUCGAGGCGGAGGAGGCAGAGACGGCGGACGAGGACCUGGGCGGCCUGACCCGUGAGGAGCUGCGGCAGGGCCAGGAGGCAGCACUGGCGCUGGAGGACAUGAUGGCGCUGAGUGCGCAGACGCUGGUGCGGGCUGAGGUGGAGGAGCUGUACCAGCCCGUGCGGCCCCUGGGCCAGGGCCGUUACGGCCAAGUGCUGCUGGUCACACACCGCCAGAAAGGCACUUCCCUGGCCCUGAAGCAGCUGCCCAAGCCCUCCACCACCCUGCGCAGUUUCCUGCACGAGUUCUGCGUGGGCCUGUGUCUGGGCGCGCACGCCGCCAUCGUCACGGCCUACGGCAUCGCCAUCGAGUCUGUGGGCUCCUACAGCUUCCUGUGCGAGCCCGUCCUCCACGGGGACCUCAUCGCCUUCAUCGAGCCCAAGGUGGGGCUGCCCCCGGGCGCGGCGCAGCGCUGCGCGGUGCAGCUGGCAUCGGCGCUGGAGCACGUGCACGCGCGCGGCCUGGUGUACCGAGACCUGAAGCCCGAGAAUGUGCUGGUGUGCGACGCGCGCUGCCGGCGGGUCAAGCUCACGGACUUCGGCCACACGCGGCCCCGGGGGACGCUGCUGCGCCUGACCGGGCCGCCCAUCCCCUACACGGCUCCCGAGCUAUGCGAGCCGCCGCCGCUGCCCGAGGGGCUGCCCAUCCAGCCGGCACUGGACGCCUGGGCGCUGGGUGUGCUGCUCUUCUGCCUGCUCACCGGCUACUUCCCCUGGGACCAGCCGCUGCCCACCGCCGACCCUUUCUUCGAGGACUUCGUGGUGUGGCGCGCCUCGGGCCUGCCUGAGGACCGGCCACAGCCCUGGGGUGGCUUGACGCCGGCCGCCGACGCCCUGCUGUGGGAGCUGCUGGACCCCCAGCCCCGCAGCAGGAGCCCCGUGAGCUGUGUGAGGGCCUACCUGGGCCAACCCUGGAAGCAGCAGGAGGGAGCGGAGGAGAUGGGAGAGUGA